AUGCAACGCACAAGCUACUUUUCGUCUUACAUCCCAGCUAACUUGAAGGACAUCACCUUCAUUGCUCCACUCAAAGGUUCUACCUUUGGAGCCGUAUUAAAAAAACCUUACUUUGGUAUGUCUAGUAAAAUCAGCGCCUGUUUGGGCCACGGUACGCCUGAGGCUGCCAGACCUACUACUUCUUCAGGCUUUGAAAACGUUUCUAAACACCCUCAGGCUGUUAUGGCCGAAGAGGAGCCAAAAAAUGCUCCUAAACCUCAAUUGAGUGUUCUGGAACAAUGUAAAAUUUUGGUAAACGUAUGUAAGCCUUUUGAACAGCCGCUGGCCAGCCUGGACCAGUACCUGAACGGGUUUGUACUGAACCACUUGGGACUCCAGCAGAAACAGGAGCCUCCCACGCUUGAAGAGAUCCUUUUGGGCAUUUUCAGGCCCAUGUUCUUCAAAAUGCAGAACGACCAGGACGCCAGAGACCGUGAGGAGCACGAAGCCUUCAUGGCUCAAGCCAGAGCCUUGAUGUCAGAACGUACUGGUUCUAGUACUAGCUGUACCAGUUCUGACCUCAGUUCUGGCGACAGUUCUGGUCUUUCUAGUCCUGAACCUUUGUCUGACGAUGACGGUUGGACUACAGUGUAUACUGGAGCCAAGCCUUCCAAAGCUAAGGCUCUUGUGGGGCCUAGUAUCCCCAGUGCACUUAAAACCAUGACAAAGCACACCAAGUGUUCUGUCACGGCCUAUACCGCUGCUUCUUCGAUGUCUGGGCGCUCCAACAUCAAGAAACACAACCCCUUUGAGGCUUUGGAGAUUGAGGAGUCUCCAAAUGCUGCUUUAGUGUAG